CGAGCCAGAGCCCCUCCCGCCCUCCAGUUUCACCCUCACCCCCCAAUCACCACCCUAUCAUUUCCGCCGAAGGCUCAAACACCAGGGCGACCGCUCCGUCUUCAAGGCCACCUUUCACUACGUGCAGCUCGCGAUCGCAGCGGGAGCCACGGAUGAAAACCGAGCUGGGGGGUGGGAGGGGAGGCAGGGAGUCGAGGCGGGAGGGCGGGGGCGCUAGCUAAGGAGACCGUCACCUUCUCAGGGCUGCGAUAGCUUUGGGAUCUUCAGAUCCCGGGCGUGGGGUCGGAGCUCCCAUAAGACCGAAUGCAAAAGUAGGGUGGGGGUGUCCCUGGGGCUAGCUCCCCCAGAAGCCACCUCGCUGGAGGGCAGCCGUCGGGACGAUGGCGCAAGCCUCUCACCACCCUCCCCCCCCCAGCGACAACAGCCACGGUGACAAAAUGGCAGCUCGGCGCCCGACAGGCGAGCCACCGGCACAGCGCCGGGGACCGCUGCCCCUGCACCCCGAGAAUGGCAGGCACCCUGGGGCUGGGUCCCCAGUCGGCAUAGCAGUGCAAACGGCGAGGACAGACAGAGGCCCGCAGGUCCGAGAGGGUCGAAGGCCCCCGGUCUGCCGCGCCUUCUCCAGACCGGAUCCCCAGGCCCGCGCCGACGGGCUUCUGCUGCGCCUGUGCGCGCCCGGGUCCCCUCCAGUGGGCACCAGAGUCCCCGCCGAGCCGGGUCCGCGGCCUCCGUGGGGGAGGGGCGGGCCGCCGGCGCCCCGGGAAACAUGGCUGCUCGUCCUAGUUCGGCGGCGUCGCGGCCACCAGUCCCCGAGAUGCGACUUGGGAGAGAGAGAGGUUGCAGAAGGAGGCAGCCCAUCUUCUCCUCCCCUCGAUCAUCUUUUCCAUCCAGACGCGAGUCGUGGGAGCUGAGAGCUCGGACGAGGGUGAGAUCGCCGCGUUCCCUCCGACCCGAACGCGUGCGCCCCGCCGGCCCCCCGUUGGGUGCACACUCGCACGCACACCCUCGAACCCAUACCCGCACACGCGGGAGCACACGCACAGGUAGUCAGUCACACACCAAGGGCAGCGGCGGCGGUGGCCGGAACAUGCUCCGAUAGCAUUGCAAUCCCCCCCCCAUCCAACCUUGCAAUUCAUUUGCAGUUCGACCCCAAACCCUACACCUCCCCGGAGCACCCCUCCAUAAAAAAGUGCCUUCCCCCCAAACACACACGCACACAUAACACAAAGUAGGAGAAUGGACCGACAGAGAUAUUUUUGGCAAAUGCUCACAUCAGAGGGCGUCCUGUUCCGCAGCUCUAAAUGAAUCCGUUUGUCCAUAUCCAUCUCUCGCGCUCUCUGUCUCUCUCUGCAGAGGAUCCUGCGCCAGCGGAAUUCAAUCAAUAAACCCCGAACCCACGGCCGCGCGUUUUAGGACUUUGAAGGCUCAACCAGCUCCGCUCGGUGCUCGAGCCCCCAGCACCCGCGGCGCACACUAACCUGAUCGCCGUGGAGGCGGGACCUGCAGCUCCGGCGUGGAGCGGCGGUAGCACGAGCCAAUCGAGUGGCGAGGCUUCGGAUACUAGCCAAUGGUGGUGGUGGCGGCGGGGGGCAGGGUCCAAUGGGCGGCCUGCGCAGCGGGCCAGGGAGGCUCAGCCAUUUGGCUGUGGUGCCGGAGACGGACCCCUUUAGAUACCCGGGCGGCCGAGCAGGAGCGCGGCUGCAGCUUGGUGGCUGCGCGCGAGGGGCGGGAGGGAAGGCUGGGCAGGUGCGUGGACCUGAAGGUUCGUGGCCGGGGGCGGGGCCGCAGGUGCGUGGACGCGGGAGAGGCGGGGUCCUCGCGGGGACAUCCUCUGGGUACUUGGCGGGCGGACGAGGCCUGGGGCGCUCGGGCGCAGGGCAGGCCCAGAGAGGGCGCGCAUUCUGAGGGUGCACGAAGGACAGAUCACACCCCGGGCUGCCCACUCGGCGCAUCCCUUCGGACUGGGUCUACUCCCAUUCCCGCAAUUAAAUAAGCUAAUCUAAGCGCAUGAUGUUCCCAUCUACCGAGGAGCGAGGGCGGGAUCUCGACCCAGAGACUUGGCAUUCUGAUGUCCUGCCAGGACAGCCUUAACAGAAGCGAUUCCCCGAGAGCCACUGGAGAUCUUGUGUAGGGCAAUUAAUGAAUGAGAAGGCCGCGGGUGCAGAACUGUAUAGAAUAUUUUAAAAAUGCGAAAGGAAGGUGCUAGUAAUUGCCGAUUCUCAGAGCUGAGCAUAAUUUACGGGGGACUUUAUAGGUUUUGUUGAGACAGAGUGUUGCUCAUUUCAAUCUAAUUGUCCACUAAAGUCGUUUGGUUAGAUCUGAGUUGCCAAGGAGUCGCUAACUGGAGCACUUAUCCAGGUCUUUCGGUUGCUUUGGGUUUUGUUUUUGUUUGACCACGUUGCGUUUUAAAGAGACCUUAAAAGCCCUGAUUCUCACUGGGUUACCGCUUCUUAUGGGCAACCCUGGGACCUCAUGCACUGCGUGGGUAUCUGUGGCUGUGAACAUAUGAUGGGGAUGACUGUCAACAGGGACCCAUGUUUAACUUCAUCCCCACAACUGUAUCGCAGUGUCCGUUUCCCUUCGUCUACACUCUUCCGCAAACAGCCCAAGGUAGUUUUGUAUUUUUGGAUACAUUAGAACUGAGCAUUUUGUUCAGUAAGUUCUUUUAGAUCAAAUAAUGAAUUUGAAAGCCGAUAAAUGUUUAUUUUGAAUAACUGGAAGUACAAUUAAAAACCUGUCAUCUGGGUGAA